CGAUUUACUCUCAUUUCAUCGUGACAGAACUACCGCGAGUGAGGCCGUGAAUGACUGAAACACUGUCCGUACGUGAAAACCGAAGUGAGGGACGCUGAGGAGUGAAGAUUCGCCCGAGGUCAACUCACUGUCUCAUCGAGCUAAGGGAUGACAACCAUUGAACGAUAGCUCGAUAAAACCGGCACACAACAGACAGCAAUUGAGAGCGACUCAUCAUCCGACAUCCCGUCCACAGCGUAAUGUCGGUCUUACAAUUCAAUCUGAACGGCUUCGUGCCUGGCGACCCUCAUGAUCUCUACCGUGUCCACCAAGAAACCGCCGAGAUCGCAAACAAUGUCCCGCAAGAAGUCGACGUCCUCAUCAUUGGCUCUGGUCCAGCUGGUCUGGCUCUAGCAGCACAGCUAUCUCUCUUUCCAAGCAUCACCACAAGAAUCAUUGAACAAAAGGCUGAACGACUAAUCCUAGGCCAAGCCGAUGGCCUCCAAGUCCGAAGCAUCGAAAUGUUCGAAGCAUAUGGCUUCAGCGAAAGAGUCCUCAAGGAAGCGUACUACAUCAACGAAACCACCUUCUGGAAGCCUGACGAGCAGCAACCGGACCGCAUCGUGAGAAGUGGCAGGAUUAAGGAUACUGUAGACGAUCUCUCCGAGUUCCCGCACGUCAUCCUCAAUCAGGCGAGAGUUCAUGACUUCUUCCUUGAUGUCAUGCUCAUGUCGCCGACAAGAUUGCAACCGAGCUAUUCACGCAAACUCAAGCAGCUCAGCCUUCAACCAGCACAGGGCAACUCCUCGCACGCUACGUCCUCCGUGCAAGUUCAACUCGAGAGAACAGACUCCAGCCACGAGGGCGAAGUCGAGGAUGUACGUGCUCGCUACGUCGUAGGCUGUGAUGGAGCCCGCAGUGCCGUCCGUCAAGCCCUCGGUCUCAAGCUGGAAGGCGACUCCGCAAACCAAGCUUGGGGUGUCAUGGACGUACUUGCUGUAACCGACUUCCCAGACUGGAGGACCAAGGUUGCAAUCCACUCCGCGACACAAGGCAGCAUCUUGAUCAUCCCCAGAGAAGGAGGUUACCUUGUGCGCCUCUACAUUGAACUCGACAAGCUCGACGCCAACGAACGUAUCGCAAACAAGAAGAUUACCGCCGACAAGCUCAUCGAGACCGCACAGCGCAUCUUCCAUCCUUAUGCUUUGGAUGUCAAAGAAGUAGUCUGGCACUCUGUCUACGAGAUUGGCCAGCGCCUGUGUACCAGAUUCGACAACCUCACUCCGGAGACCGCUACAACAGAAUCCCCAAACAUCUUUAUCGCAGGCGACGCAUGCCACACCCACAGCCCUAAAGCAGGUCAAGGCAUGAAUGUCAGCAUGCAAGAUGGCUACAAUCUAGGCUGGAAGCUCGCCUCCGUGCUCAAUGGAAUCUCUAACCCGGCCAUCCUCCACACCUACUCCGCCGAACGUCAAAAAGUCGCUCAAGACCUCAUCAACUUUGACCGAGAGAUUGCUUCAAUGUUUAGCGCCAGACCCAAGAGCCAUGCCAAAGACACAGAGGGAGUCGACCCUGCUGAAUUCCAAAAGUACUUUGUCAAGCAGGGCCUCUUCAUGGCUGGACUGGGCACAGCUUACUCGACUUCUGCUAUCACCGCUGGAUCAGAGCAUCAACACCUGGCCAAAGGUUUCCCCAUCGGCAUGAGAUUGCACUCUUCUCCAGUCAUAAGAUUGGCAGAUGCAAAGCCGAUCCAACUAGGUCAUGUGGUAAAAGCAGAUGGAAGAUGGAGAGUCUUCGUCUUCGCAUCAGCCGAGGAUCCCGCUUCGACCUCGUCAAGCUUCCACUUGGCCUGCGAAUCCCUGACCGAGCUUGUCAACAAGGUCAACCCUACUGGUGCUGAUAUCGACUCCGUCAUCGAUGUCAGAGGUAUUCUGCAGCAGGGCCAUGCUUCACUGAACAUCAACCACAUGCCUGCUAUCGUGUGGCCGCAAAAGGGAAAGUAUGGACUCAGAGAUUACGAAAAGGUCUUCUGUGCUGAAGAUGUGGAUGGACAUAGGGAUAUCUUUAAUGCUAGGGAUAUCGAUCGCAGAGGCUGUAUCGUGGUCGUACGACCUGACCAGUACGUCGCCAACGUUCUGCCGUUGUGCGAUCAUGAUGGUUUGUCAAGGUUCUUCGGAGGUUUCAUGUUUGCAAGGGAUUGAGAUUGUGUCGGACAAUGCUACAUAGCUAGCAAGAUCAAACCAUGUAUUAUAG